UUUCAGAAAAUGUCCGACAAUGAAGCAAAAGCACGCCAAAAAAUGGCAGAAGGACGGAAAAAAUUGUCGGGAGGCGGCGGUUUCUUAAACAGAAUGUUUGGAGGUGGCGGUUCAAAUGCCGAAGCUGCAGAUCUCUUUAUUCAGGUGAAUACUUCUUCUGAAAAUCAAGAAACUGUAACUGGGCAAAAUGAGUUGCGAAAUACUUUUGCCAACAAUAGGCUCGACCAGGAAGAUGACAACAUGGAUGAAGUGGAUGAUGAAGAUUUUAUUGAUGAACAUUCGUUUUGUGAAAUAGAAUGUAGUCAUAAUGGAUGUGAUUACAUUGCUUCAAAUCUUCUUGAUUAUGAGAAUCACUAUUCACAGCACUCGCUCCAAUGUUUCGAAUGUGGAAUUGGUUUCGAUACUGCUCAUCGUUUGGAGGUUCAUCAUGACGAGCGACAUAAUCCAUUUUUCGAAAUUCAAGUUUCUCGUGAGCCUGGAAUUAAUCAUUUUCGUUGUCUUCAUCCAACAUGCGAAAUUCGAUUUUCUAAUAACCGAACACGUGAUGAGCAUUCACGGAUUAUUCACUUCAUCCAUGGUGAAUCGUCUCGUCGGCGGAAGGCAGAAGACAAUGGAGUCACAUCAAUCUUAAAUGGUGCAAUGAACAAAAUGAGCUUGCUGGAAGGUGAAGAUACCGGAUGGUCUGGUGAAAUGCAACAUGGAUUAGAAAUGAAAACGAAACGAAGAGUAAAAAAAGCAGCUCGAAAAAUGAAUCUCGCCCCCGAAACGCACGGAAUAUGAAUAAAAUAUUUUAAAGCCAUUAAAAUUAAACAGGUCGCAAUAAAACUACUAAAUAUUUCAGUUUUUUUUUUAAUAUUUAUGAUGUUUUGUAAUAUUUUAGGGAGGAAAUUUGUUCAAAAUGGCAAAAAAUUGGCAAGCCGCUGGUGACGCAUUCCUGGAAGCCGCUGAAUUCUACGCUAAAAAUGGGGACUCCAAGCACGACUGCGCCACUCAGUAUGCUGAAGCUGCGAAUUGUUUCCGCAAGAUUCAACCAGAGCGUGCUGUUCAAUGUCUUGAAAAAACUUCGGAAAUCUACACUGACAUGGGUCGCUUCACAAUGGCCGCAAAAAAUCAUGUAAGCAUUGCUGAACUCUACGAAACUGAGCUUCCGGACAAAGAGCAAUGUGUGAAGCACUACCAACAAGCCGCCGACUAUUAUAAAGGAGAAGAACAGAAAAGUAGUGCCAGCAAGUGCCUUGUCAAAGUAGCCAUGUAUUCUGCCGAAUUGGAAAAGUAUUCUCAAGCUAUUGCUGUAUUCGAAGAGAUUGCAUUCUUCGAAGCCGAUCAUUCAACCCUCAAGUAUGCUGCUAAAGGACACUUCUUCCAAGCUCUUUUAUGUCAUUUGUGCAUUGAUCCAAUCAACACACAACAAGCACUUCAAAAGUACGAAAACGCGUCUCCAUCGUUCACAGAUUCGAGGGAAUGUAAAUUUGUAAAGGAACUAUUGGCAGCUAUUGAUGAAAAGAAAGAAGAAACUUUUACCGAAUGUGUGGCAAACUUUGACAAGAUUAGCAGACUCGAUAACUGGUCGACUUCUCUGCUUCUCAAGGUAAAGCGUACCAUUGAAGGUGAAGAUGAGGACGAUUUGCGAUAAAUAUCUUUUUUCCAAUUUUUCCGAUUCAUGUACUUCCUAAUCUUAUUUAUUCUCAUUUAAAUAUCUCUCUCAUUUCCAUCCCCCAUUUCCAUAAUUGCGUUGUGUUGUAAAAAAAAGCAGAUGUAGAAUUCUAUUUUGACCAAUAUUCUUUCGCACCACCCAGUUUUUCUAACUGCGUAACUGUAUUUUCAAAUUCCAGCAAUAUUUAAAUAUUUACUAUUCAAAUCGCUUUCUGAAAUUUCAAUUCCUGUUUAAAUGAAGUC